AGCCAUCGUCUACACGGCCGCAGUUUGAGUUGCUGGGGGCAGCGCCGCACUGGGGCUUCGUCAGUCUAUCAAGCCGUGCUCGCCUCACUCUUCUUCCAUCCCCCACACGGCCAAAUCUCAUACUACGUCACAGAUUCACCACAGCGGAAGUCGGGAAGAGAGAGAGCUCUCUUCUUCAGAUCCUCUCCAUCUCGCAUUCCCUCCGGAUCUCUCCUCCGCAAGGAAAAUCGGGCCAAGAUGAUGGGCGGCUUCCUCUCCAGGGUCCUCCUAUUGGCCUUUGGCUAUGCUUAUCCUGCUUAUGAAUGCUAUAAAACUGUAGAGCUGAACAAGCCAGAGAUCGAGCAGCUCAUUUUUUGGUGCCAAUAUUGGAUUUUGGUGGCACUACUAACUGUUUUGGAAAGAUUUGGGGAUUUAACGAUAUCAUGGUUGCCACUAUAUUCUGAAGCAAAGUUGAUGUUCUUUAUAUACUUAUGGUGCCCAAAGACAAAGGGUACCACUUAUGUGUAUGAGACCUUCUUCAGGCCAUACAUAUCACAGCAUGAGAAUGAUAUCGACCAUAAUAUUCUUGAGCUGAGAGCAAGAGCCAGCGAUAUGCUUAUUAUUUACUGGCAGAAGGCUUCAACUGUAGGACAAACUACAUUCUUUCAGAUUAUGAAGUAUGUUGCUGUGCAGUCACCAUCUCAGUUAUCGAAGUCACGCCCGUCACAGAAGCAAUCUCAGCCACAAAAAAAGCAGGAACUGCAACCACAACAGCAACAGCAGAUGCCGAAGAACCAACCGACCACACUUCGCCGAGCAGUAUCGGCUGCUGCUAGACAGCCAGCAACUGUGGAGCAGUCAAAGGACACACGGGCUGCUCCAACUGCCCCCAAGACCAGGCGUUUAACAUCUUCAAAGUCUGCUCCACUGACAUCCACAAAGUCUGUUGCAUCUACGACAAAGCUGGCUGAAGAUGUGAAAACCAGCACUGUCAAGCUCGCUGCUGACGAGACACCAGCUACAGCCAAUCAUGUUGACAUGCCAGACGAUGAGUCUAGUGCCCUGGCACAAGCAGAGGCUGAAUCUGAUGACAUGUGCAUUGAUGAGGUUGACAUUCCCAUCGAAGAUACGGAUGAGCUUCACGCUAGUCCAGAUGAGACACGGAUGGAAGAGGCGAUACGAGUGACCCGUAGCACGCUAAGGAGGCGAAUUGGCACAAGCACCACGGGUAUUCCUGCUGCUGAUGGUUCAGCAGUAAACUAACCGUAAGAGGGAGUUCAACUUCUUGGUUCCACUCUAUGUUAAUUGUGAUGUCAGACCCAGGCAACGUUGUGGUUUAUUCAUUGCUUUUGAGUUUCGGCUACCUGUUUCGUAGUAUGCUAAUGUGUCUGAAGGUUGUGAAUAUUAGAGACUGUCUGUAUAUAUUUGGUCAGCAUGGUUUAGCGAAGCCCUGUUUGUUGAACAUUGAACAUGUCUGUUUGGUAUACAUGUGACCUAUCCAUCUUGGCUUAUUUAUCACACAGGUUCAUGAUUA